GCAUAUCAAACUGGUGGAAAAAACAUGCCAACCCAUGUGCAUUUCCUUUCUUUUCCUGGGAUCUCCAUUCCAUAUCUCCAUCUGCACAAAACCCCAAAAACCCCAAAAAGAAACCCUCUCUCUGCCUCUGCAACUAUAUGAAUAGCUCUCUAUCUCUCUCUCUCUCCCCUCCUAAAUCCUAAUCUACUAUUAUUACAACUACGGCCCCAUAUCUAGUUUACAAUAUUUACAAUAUUCUGCAAACUUCCCAGCUUCCCAUUCCUCCCACUUUUAGCAUCCAACAAAAAAAUAUUAUAAAAUUAAUCUCAAAAAAACCAAAAAUUCAAUCUUUAUACUUUUGUGGGCAAAUGAACUACAAGCUUCUUGGUCUACACAUUCUGUCCUCAUUGGCUAUGUUGGGGAUGAAACCUAGGAAUCUGCGCUCUCUCUCUCUUUCUCUUUCUGCAAAUCUCUAUUCUCUUACAACUCCUCUUGCCUAGUACCUAAUGCCCCUAUUGCAGAUCUCUAAGCUAAGCCUAGCAAAACAACGACAAAAAAAAUAAAAAUUAAACAAAAGCACACUUAUCCUGCUUUUGACACCUGUCUCCUGUGCACUCACCACUGAGAAAGACGAUGAAUUACCCAGACCCAGUUACUUCCCCAAUGCCAUCCUUGAGAUUCCACAGCCAUUUGUCCCAUCUCUUCGUUGCUCUUCAUUUUCCAUACCCAUGUGCUCUACUGCCAAAAGAACAGAGCUUGGCUGAACCCUUCUUCUCCAAUGGCGUCCCUAACGCCUGGGGUUCUUUCCAAGCUUCUCAACAGUGUCGCCGAUAAGGAUUUCAAGGUUACCGGAGACCACCGCUCGGCACUCCUCCAGGUUAUUGAGAUUUUGCCUUCGCUCGGUGAAGGUGAUGACGACGAUGACCCUUGGAGUAGUAGAGGGUUUUUUCUUAAGGUUUCUGAUUCUUUGCAUGCUGCUUAUGUUUCCAUCUCCGACCAUGACGUGGAUUUGAUAUAUAGCGACAAGAUUCAACUGGGUCAGUUCGUUUACGUUACUCGGCUUGAUUCGGCGUCUCCGGUUCCGGUGGUUCGUGGCUUGAAGCCUGUUCCAAGAAGACGUCCUAGUCCCUGUGUUGGGAACCCCAUUGAUUUGGUUUCCAGUGAUCUGCUGCAAAUUGGUUCGAGGUUUGGUUUUGAGAAGGCUAAGAGUAACGGCGUGAAGAAUAAUGUUGAGAAGGGUGGUUCCAAGAGACGGGAUUUGAAUAAUGGGAAUGGCAAAACCAAGGCUAGGAGCUCUAUCUCUGUCUCUGAGGCUAUUGUGAAAUCGAGAUUUGGGUCUUCGGCGACGAUUAACAGUAAUGGUUCUCCUGCGAAGAAGAUGGUGAACGAAGGUUUGGACUUGAGGAGACUGAGCUUGGACUCGGCUAGAAGAGCUUGGAAUCAUACCCCAACCUCCAACGAUACUGCACAAGGAAGUGCUUCGCGUUUCAAAUCCAAACAAGUGAUUUCUGAUAAGAAGGCUUCUGUUAAGCAUGAUUCAUCUGUAAAGCGUCCAAGUUUAAGCAUUUCAUCACCUCUGAAAACCAAAAAUGAGACAUGUUCUCCAAUGUUAAUUAACAAGACGCCGAAGAAGGUUGUGAAUUCAACAUCCGAGCAAACUAUUCCUAACAGGCUUGUUAAGGUGGCUUUAAGUUCUAAAACUUGGUCAGAACAGGGGAUUUCAUGGAAUAAGUUCCCACCUGCCAUUAAUGAUCUAGGAAAGCAAGCUGUUCAUCAUAGAAAUGUUGCAUUUGUAGCUUCUGUGCGAGCUCUCCAAGAAGCGUCAGCAGCAGAGAGUGUCAUACACUGCAUGUGUGUUUUUGCAGAACUUUGUGAGUCCCCCCAGAAAGUCUCUGCAGGAUCACUAGUGCAGAAAUUUUUGGACCUCAAUCAAAGUAUGCAGAGUGCAGCAAUGGUUGUUGAUUCCUUGCUAAACCAAGGGCCUCGUGAUGAACAGCAUUGGUUAACACCAGAUGUGUGUAAAACUUCUUCUAGCAAGAAUGCCACAUUAUGGGUUAAAGCUGCUGUUGAAACUAAUCUGUCCAAAUUCAAUCUAUUUAGAAUACAGGACAAGGGUGAGGUUCUAAAUGGUGAGAAAUGCCAUUGUGUCAUCUUAGAGAAUGCAUCUGUGGAAUCAAAAUCUGAGAAUUGUUCACCCAAAAGUAAACAAAGUCCUAGGAAUCAUGGAAGCUCUUCAUCAGACUCAAAUUCCAAGUCAGCACCAUCUUCGUCAAGGAAGUUCCUUUCGACUGCAAGAAAACCAAGUACUGAAAGGGAAAAGUGCUUGAAGGGCAGCAGAUUAAAGGAGGCAGCAAGUUUAGCCGAAAAACUUCUUCUGUUGUCUCGAGAAUGGUUCUUGAAGUAUUUGGAGGACUCACUAAAAAUAGGAUUCAGGGUGAACAGGGGUGGGGAAGGCUCUGAAAUGGCUUGUCUUCUUGGGCAGCUUAAAAGGGUAAAUCAGUGGUUGGACAACUUGGUCAUGGACCGAAUUCAGGAAGAUGAGAGGAUAGAGGACCUGAGAAAGAAGUUAUAUCGAUUUUUGCUCGAGCACGUUGAUUCUGCGGUUGUUUCCGGUAAGUAGAUCUAUAUUUGAACGCUAACAGUAACAACACCCUAAAAUAUAUGCUAUCCUAAUGCUGACACAUUUCAAGUUCUUGGUAGAAAAUUUGAACACAAUGAAUGAUCUAACCGUAUAAAUGAUUUAUUGUCAUUUGAUGCUUCUUCA